CACAACAUAAGAAAUAACUGUGUCGGUUCCUCAAAUCUUUUUCAUUUUCAGACAACCAUACAAUACAAGAGAAUUAUGAAAAACUCCACCGACUUUACACAGCUGCUGCUUUCAGAUAUUUCUUUAUUUCUAUCUCGGCGUUACUUAUAUAAACCUCUCUUAAACCCCAUUUUUUUUCACCGUUCUUCAUUUUAUCAAACACCCUUUUGGAAAUUCCCUCUCUUUGAUCCAUAAAAAUUCAAUCUUUAUAUUGUUGUGAAAAAAAAUCAUAUGAACCCUUUUGAUAAAAACCCAAUUUCUCAACCUCCUGGGUCAGAAUCUGAUACACUGCCACCACACAGUAUUACUAUGGACCCUGAAUUUGCUGUGUAUUCUGAGCCCCCAACUUCUCCUUUUAUCAAUCUUGAAUCUUUUUCAGCUGGGGAGGAAGGAUUAGGUGUGGUGCAGCCUAUGGAGUGUUUACAUGGGACACAAAUUCCACCAUUUUUGUCAAAGACUUUUGAUUUAGUUGAUGACUCUUCAUUGGAUUUGAUCAUUUCUUGGGGUAGUAAAGGAGAAAGCUUUGUAGUGUGGGACCCAGUGGAGUUUUCUAGAAUGAUUCUUCCCAAAAAUUUCAAGCACAACAAUUUCUCCAGCUUUGUGAGACAGCUUAAUACUUAUGGUUUUCGCAAAGUUGAUGCUGACAGGUGGGAGUUUGCGAAUGAAGGGUUCUUGAGAGGAAAAAGGCAUUUGUUGAAGAACAUACAGAGGCGAAGAUCACCUCAGUCGCAUCAGACGGGGAGUUCAUCUGCUGAAGCAGGGAAAGGUACAAUGGAUGAGAUAGAGAAACUGAGGAAGGAGAAGAGUUCGAUGAUGCAGGAUGUCGUUGAAUUGCAGCAGCAGCAGCGUGGAACGGUCCAACAAAUGGAGGCUGUUAAUGAGAAGCUUCAGGCUGCAGAACUGAGACAGAAACAGAUGGUUUCAUUCUUGGCCAAGGUGUUUCAGAAUCCCGCAUUCUUGGCUCGUCUUCGGCAGAUGAAGGAACAAGAAAAAAUUACUUCUCCAAGAACAAUGAGGAAAUUCGUUAAACAUCAGCCACACAAUCAGGAUAGACCGGAGUCUUCCAUUGAAGGGCAGAUAGUCAAGUACAGGCCUGAUUUUCAAGACCUUGUUACAUCCUUUGAGAACCCGGACUUCAAUCCGGUUGUGGAUCAACAACUACCUGAAACUGGCUUUGGUGCAGAAGCAAUGCUUUUAAAAAAUCAAGAACGGGUUAUAGAAGGAGCUUCGAACUUUAACCCCGAAGACUGUUAUUUUGAGGGGAAGAAUGUAGCUAGCCCUCAAUUAGAAGUCAUGCCUGAGUGUUUUGUCUCUUUCCCGGAAGAGUUGGAAAAGGAGAAGAACAUCUUAGGAUUUUCCUCACCAGGUAUUGAAAGUAUGGUGAAAGAACAGGAAGUAUGGAGCAUGGGUUUUGAAGCCAGUAUGUCAAGUACUGGCACUGAGUUAUGGGGUAGUCUUAGCAACUAUGAUGUCCCAGACUUUGGAGUUAGCGCUGGUUUGCCAGAUGUGUUGUGGGAUAUAGAUCCCUUGCAGGAAGCUGGAAGUUCUGGUGUCGAUAAGUGGCCAAAUGAUGAGUCUCCUUUUGGGCUGCCGAAGAAUGAUAGUUUUUAGGAAGAGUACCCUUCCUUCAGUGUGCGUUUUCGAUACUAGCCAUAGUUUAGUUGAUGGGAUAUAAUACUGAAUGAUUGAUUAUAAAUUUUUUAGUGCAUAAUUACUUUCCA